CGAGGCGAGGUCAACCUGUGUUUUCCCUGUUCGGUACCUAGACUGCAGUACGCCUAAUAGAACGGUUUUCAAUGUCAAAACAAACAGGUAUCAGUCGAUCAGCCGGUCGUUUUGGUGUGUCAUCAUCAUUUCCUAAAAUAGACCACAGGUUUUAUUGUUCGUGUAGGAAAACGCUGUUUUUACUCGGAUUUCCCCAAAUGAUGGACACGGUUUAGGUUUAUCAGUAUUCGGAGAGGUGUUUUGUAGUAUGGCAACUCGUUCUAGAACCACAGAUCAUCAUAAAAUCCCCGGUUCGAAACGUAUCUGCCAAGAGCGAUUUUCCUGCAACGGAUCCAAGGCAGAGUUCGAUUGUUUUGACUGCGGGACAAGGCAGUGCAGUGAAUGCGCGACACGGCUUCAUGCGAGCGAUCCUCGGUUCGUAGACCACGACCGCGUCCGGAUUCAACAGCCAGUGUUCCCACCAUCAGUCCAGCAAUGUGGCAUGUGGUGUAACCCCAUCAAUCCUGCCGAGUAUUCUUGUAUUGAGUGCAAGGGAGUUUUAUGCGGGGAAUGCAAUCGGGUUUUUCACAGGGGUAAACUGUCCAAACAUCACCGCCGACCCAUUGUCAUUUCGACCCCAACAUGUGUUGAUGCAUCUGAUGCAAAUAAAGUCUUGACCGUACUGGCAUCUCCCGUCACUGACAAUCAUUCUGACCACGAGCAGACUUUCUAUGAAACUUCUCCAACAAGCCCGAGCGUAAACUCACUUUCUGAGGAUCAGUUUCAAAGUGCAGUUGGCAUCAGCUCAGAUGAAACUUUGCCAGUCUUGCAGAAGUUAGAAAGCCCACCAGAAUUCAACCUGAAGCUGGCACAAGGAUGCUUUGAGGAACUGACAACUGUUGCCAUGGAUGAGGUGUCCAGCAAUGAAUUCCUUAGUCUUGAGGAAGGCCUCGAGAAAGUGAUGAAGGAGAAUCCCCAAACGGCUGAGCUAGAUAUUGACCGCUUUGGAACGUCUGAAGAACCAAGUGCUCUUCCCUUGAGCUCAGGACAUUUCACCUCCGGGGCUGAUACUAGUGGUCCGCAUGCUCAUCAAGCUGUAAAACCGACACCCAAAGCACGAACUACAAAGCAGGUGGUAUCUUCUCAGUCUGGAAAAGACACAGCCUUCCCGAAACAAGAAGUAAACCCAUCACAUCUGAGUGCCACAGCUCAACAGGUCCUUCUCCACCCUGUUGAUGACAAACAGGAUAAGCGGAAGAGUGGCUCCCAUUCUAAAAUGGAUUCUCAACAAAGACCUCCCGUUUUGUCCAAUCCAAGUCGUGAGCCAAACUUGGUCCGGCCAGUAGCAUCCGUUAUGGGCACCUCUCAGAACUCCACCAGUUCCAAUGAUGGGGAUGGAGAGAUGGAAUCCCCAAGGGGUAGUUUCAGUCGGAGGCAGGGCAGCAUUCAAGAAGCAGGGAGGGAUGAUUCUGUCUUGUCUAGACCUCAGCUCAAGGACAAAGAACCUGUCAUCAAAUACAAGCCAGGCUUCCUUCUGGUUGAUGACAAUGAAAAUCUUCAGGUUGAGACAGCAGCCAGAUUUGCAGAGCAUCUUGGUUGCCCGGCAGACACGCCAGUCAAGGUGGUCUCCAUCUUUGGCAACACCGGAGACGGCAAGUCGCACUCUCUCAACCACACCUUCUUUGGCGGGCAGGAUGUGUUCCGCACCUCCCCAGCUCAGGAUUCUUGCACCAUUGGCAUCUGGGCUGCUUACGACGACGCCACAAGCGUCAUUGUCACAGACACCGAGGGCCUCCAGGGUAUAUCUACCAAUGAGAAUCAGCGCACCCGACUACUGCUUAAAGUCCUAGCCAUCUCGGACGUGGUGGUGUACCGCACCCGAGCCGACCGCCUCCACAGGGACCUGUUCCAGUUUCUGGGUGACGCCUCCAAGGCCUACAGCCGUCAUUUCAAUCGGGAGCUGAAGGCGGCCUCGGAGAGGGGUCACCUGAGUGGCUCCCUGACCAGCCUGGGGCCGGCUGUCAUUGUAUUCCAGGAGACAACCCAUACUGUGCCCCUGGGAUCUGACCAACCCGCACAAGGCGACAGCCUUGGUGUUUCAGCCGACGCCAUCCUGCGAGAACGCUUCAAGGAAUACGGCCACAGCAUCGAAGCCUUCAGCUGCGUCCAGUACAUCGGCACUCAGACCAUCGCGCCUCCGACGGACUUCAGAGGCCUACGCAAGGCCAUAUUGGCCCACGUGAGGAACGGCAGUGUCAGGUCCCCGCGGCUAUCAACAGUUGUCUACAAUGCUCUCAAGGUCCUGAAUGACAAAUUCAGUGGUGAGAUAGACGCUACCGUGCCGUCCACCUUCCCUGAUGAGUACUUCACAUGCUCAGAUCGUUGUCUGUCCUGCGAUGCCCGCUGUGGUCGCACCAUGAACCACACCAAGGACAACCUGUCGCAUGACUCAGAGUCGCGCUGCCGAUACCAACACCAGUAUGACAACCAGGUGUUUACUUGCAAGUCUUGCUAUGAGCGUGGCGAGGAAGUAUUAGUGGUUCCCAAGACUUCAUCCUCGGGAGAUACAUCAUGGCUAGGCCUUGUCAAAUAUGCCUGGUCAGGAUAUGUUUUGGAGUGUCCCUACUGUGGGAUCAUCUACCGCAGUCGACAGCACUGGUAUGGGAACCUAGAUCCUGAGCAGACUGCCGUGAGAACAGAAAUCAGACACGUGUGGCCAGGGGGUUGCACCGUGCUGCAAGGUACCCACAAUGCAGCCAGGCGUGUUCUGGAUGGACUCUCCUCCGUCAUGGAGUCAGUAGGGUCAGUCAGCGCUCGCCCCACCCAGAUGGUGACGCAAUGGAUGACAGACCAGAUAGCACCAGCAUACUGGCGACCCAACGCACAGAUUACGGUCUGCCGUGAUUGCGAGCGUCCGUUUGAUGAGGGAGAGAAGAUCCACCAUUGCAGGGCCUGCGGGGAAGGGUUCUGUGACGACUGUUCAUCCCAUCAGAUGGCGGUACCGGAGCGAGGCUGGGGGGACAAGCUCGUCAGGGUGUGCGAGCACUGCUACAAUGCGAAAUGCCAGGAUCCUAGUUCAGAGAAGAUCACUCCAGAGGGAGUAGCAGAGGAGCCUGUAACAGUCAGGAAAGUUGGAGAAGUUGUACAGUCCACGUUCAGUGUGCUUGGAAAUGCCAUGCAAUAUCCUCUUGGUUUCAUGGUAGAUGCUGCACGUCCUGCGUACUGGAUACCAGACAGCGAGAUCACCGUCUGCUCCUGCUGUCAGGUAGAGUUUACCAGCAAGAUGCGCAAGCACCACUGCCGUGCCUGCGGGAAGGGGGUGUGCGAUGAGUGUUCGGGGAAACGUUCCCCUGUGCCGUCACGGGGUUGGGAUGAGGCUGUCAGGGUGUGCGACAACUGUGACAAGAAACAAGGCCCACUGUAGUGGCUACAGUCUGGUUUGGUAGGACACAGGGGGAGUUACAAACACACUAUAUAUGCAUGUAUUUAUCUUCAAGCAAACUUAAAUCCUUGAUCCUGAUUGGUCUAUUCAUGGCAACAACAGUGUGAUAUACCUAAUAGCACGGUCGAUAUUGCACUUUGCGUAUCACGCUUUUCCAAGAUGCGCGUGUCGUUCCUUCUGCAUGCACGUAUAAUGGGAUAACCGCUCGUGUACCACGUACAUGUUCAUUUUACUGUGCUACAAGUUUGCUUGAAGAUAUGAAGAUAGAUUUUUUGUCCCGCUUGGCUCAUUGAACCCCUAAAAUGUAGUCUUGUGUCCUACAUACCUUAGUCCUCAUGGUAUGUGGGACACAGAUGAACUACAUUAUUCGGUGUUCCGCACAUACUCGUAGGAUAACUCAUAAUAUAGUUUUUCUUGCAAGCGUUUGUCCAAGAAAGAAAUUGAGUUUUCUAUUACAUUGAGAAAAAAGUAGUUUUUUUUUUUUUUGUUUUUGUUUUUUUUUAAGUUUUUUUAGCCAGAAAGAAUAGGAUGGGAUGAUGUCUGUGUCAUUUUAAAAUUGUUUUUUUUUCUGUUUUUUUUUGGUAUGCAUGCAUAGCAACUGUUCAUUCUGCCUUUGCUUCGCUGUUUAUAGGCUUCACUACACGGUGUGGUGAGACCACACGGCUGACCGACUUACGGAAAAUGAAAUAACAUUUUGAAACAUGAGAAAAACGUGCGCAAAAACAGGGAUUUUAUUAUUUAAAACAUUUUUUUUGAUUGAAAAGAUUUAGAUUCUGCAUGAUUUUUGGGUUGUUUUGCAUUAUAGGAAACAAGUAUUUUUUUCCCCUUCACGUUAGAUUUGACAUCUGCAUAUCAGAUAAUUGUAUCAAUGCAUUAUGUUGCCUCAAAUGCUGCCAUUGCAGAAUGUACAUAAUUUACCUGUUUUUGUGAAAAAAAACAGAAUUCCCAGAAAAGGAGACAGGGAACUUGUCCCCCGAUCAGUUGCAUUCGUCUCUUGUUUAUGGCCCUUUAAAAUGAAUUUUUUUAUCACUGGUUCAGCGUUUUCUAAGGAGUAGUUUUCUCCACUUCUGUUAGUUUGUUGUUGUGUAAGUCUUAGAAACCCAACUGCUUUUUCACUUUCAAUUUAAUUGAUUCUCAGUCUCCUGU